CGCGCUUACGGCUCAAACUUUUUGUCCUGCUGUUGGAGUUGCCGUCGCCGCGCCAGAGUCAGCUAGCAACAGACAAAGAGCGAACCGCCACAGGGGUUUCUUUCUCUCCCGCUCAGUGCUAACUCUAACCUGCUGCUUCCACGGAGCGACGCUUUAAGGCGGAAAACCCCACUUUUUCUCUCUUUGGUCUACGCAGACGCAAACACUCCACAGCAAACAUGUUUGAGGCUCGCCUGGUCCAGGGCUCCAUCCUGAAGAAGGUGCUGGAGGCUCUGAAGGAUCUGAUUACAGAAGCCUGCUGGGAUGUCAGCUCGUCCGGCAUCUCCCUGCAGAGCAUGGACUCCUCUCACGUCUCCCUGGUGCAGCUCACUCUGCGGCAGGACGGCUUCGACUCUUACCGCUGCGACAGAAACCUGGCUAUGGGGGUCAAUCUCAGUAGCAUGUCAAAGAUCCUGAAGUGUGCAGGAAAUGAGGACAUCAUCACCCUGAGAGCAGAAGAUAAUGCCGAUACACUCGCCCUUGUGUUCGAGACCCUCAAUCAGGAAAAGGUCUCAGAUUACGAGAUGAAGCUGAUGGACUUGGACGUUGAGCAGCUUGGUAUUCCAGAACAGGAGUACAGUUGUGUGGUGAAGAUGCCCUCUGGAGAGUUUGCCCGCAUCUGUCGUGACCUGUCUCAGAUCGGCGACGCCGUCAUGAUCUCUUGUGCAAAGGACGGAGUGAAGUUCUCCGCCUCUGGAGAGCUGGGUACCGGGAACAUCAAGCUGUCCCAGACCAGCAACGUGGACAAAGAGGAAGAGGCUGUUACUAUUGAAAUGAAUGAGCCGGUCCAGCUGAUCUUUGCCCUGAACUACCUGAACUUUUUCACAAAGGCAACGCCGCUGUCCAAAACGGUCACCCUCAGUAUGUCUGCUGACAUCCCCCUCGUGGUCGAGUACAAGAUCGCUGAUAUGGGACACGUCAAAUAUUACCUGGCCCCAAAGAUCGAUGAAGAGGCUUCCUAAGACGUCUUAAUCAGACUUGAAGGGGAGAAACGGAGAGGGGCAAAUAACUGGGACUCAUCCUGUGUGGCUGAAGGGCUGAUGUGUUCUCUAGUUGUCUUUGACAGCAGUCGGCUGCAGUUACCUCUGUGAGAAAGCUACAGUGAUUGCGGUAGCGGCUGGUUUAUGUCCUGACGUCACCCAGUUUAAUUUCCGGCGCUUACUCAGCCAUUUUUGCGUUUCUCUCAUCUUAUCUGGAUGGGAAACCAGUUUUAAAGUUCUUUCUGUAGAUAACACACUUGUAAAUAAGUCCUGUGGUUUUCGCACUGUGGGUCAGCUCCAGAUGUUUUUGUAUGAAUAAAAUCGGUCUGAAAUAAAUCACUUUUUCAAAA